AUGAAGUAUAUGUACACAAAUGCAUUGUCACACGAGGUUUCAGCAUUACCUGAACCAUUCAGCUCAGUCAUUCAAAACAGUCGUCUCUGGAAAUGGGAAAGGGAUCAAGGAUUAAAGUGUACAGGAACUUUCGCUCUGUUGUUCCCAAAAGAUCACACGCAAGACGUAUCUCUUACCAUAUGGUGCGGUCAUGAUGAUGGCUAUCGACUGAUAGAACUGUUCUCCCUACAACUAGCUCUCUCCUCUUAA